AUGAAGUUCCGAGGCCUGCUGGCCGUCGUCUGGACGAUCGGGUUCCUCGCCACAACCACAACAGCCACUUCCUCACCCGACUCGCAGCCGGGACCGGCGAUCCAUCGCACCUAUGGCAAGCUUCUCAACCACAACGACCCGGACCCAUUGUGGGAACAAUAUGGAUUGAACCGAUCGGAAGAGUUCAAAUACUUCCAGGAACCGGGCAACGACGACAUCCUCGGCCAUUAUGACUCCCGAUUCUUCACCAAUCCCGUCCCCGACGAGGAGCGGUCCCUCACCCUGACGCAUAUGAUCCGCGCAUACCUGAAUUUCUUCGAGGACAACGGGCUGGAGACGUGGAUUGCGCACGGUACGCUUCUGGGGUGGUGGUGGAACGGAAAGGUCAUGCCUUGGGAUUGGGACAUUGACACGCAAGUCAUGGAGCCCACGCUGUUCCAACUCGCCGACCAUUACAAUCAGACCGUCGUCCAGUACACCGCGAAGGAUGAGAACGUGGAGCGCAAAUACCUUGUCGACGUCAAUCCGUGGGCCCGUCAACGCAAUCGUGGCCAGGGGCUGAAUAUCAUCGAUGCGCGCUGGAUCGACAUGGGCACAGGCUUGUAUAUCGACAUCACGGGGCUGAGCCGGCUGAAUGCGACCAAUCCGACGGAGUGGCAAUGCAAGAACCUGCACAAAUACCAGACGGAAGAUAUCUAUCCUCUGCGCCGGACGACGUUCGAAGGGGUCUCGGCGAAGGUGCCCUUCAAAUACGACCAGGUCCUGGAGAAUGAGUACACAAAACAGGCGUUGACAAACACACAUUACCAUAAUCAUACAUUUGAUCCUGACCUGGAAGAAUGGUUGUUGGACGAGCCGGAGCCGGAGGCGGAGCAGCAGGCGAAGGACGAUAAAGACGACCGGCAGUAUGAAUGA